AUGAAAAACAGAUGUUCACCAGAGGCAUUACUAUCUAUAAUCCUUGGGAUGAGCAAAGAACAAAAAGAAUCUUUGUUCUAUGCUGAUAACAUCCACUCAGAAGCUUUAACAGUAACACAUGAAGGAGAUACAGAUCUCGAAGAUAGUGAUUAUGAUAAAGAUGAAGAUCAUUCUGUUGAGGCAUAUGAAUCAAAAAUAUCAAAAAUGCUUAAUAGUUUCGAGAGGAUGAAGGAAAAGCUGAAUUCAAAGCUUAAUGAUGCGAUGACAAAGUUCCCUGAAAAGGAAAGUUUUAGAAUUUCAAAGAAAAGAUGA